CAACUGCGCAUAACAAAGGCGAACCUUGUGCGAGAAAGUUGUCAGUGUUGUGGGACGCGGAUCGCGAUUUGAUAGCGAAUUGGCAUUUAGUGCUUCCAUUGGCGAAAUCGGUUCAACGCGAGUGCCAUGCCAAAUCCCGGCAAGCCCAGCGGCGCUAAUCAGUCGACAAACAUUUUGAAUACCUGAAAACCCGAUCGCACUGGAGUCCGGACACUGGGGCCAGCACAGAAAGACCACACGGACUAUCCAGACCCAGGGAGAAUGCUCUUCUCCCCGGAGUUGUUGUGCCAGGUGGAGCGGAUGAUGUGCCUGCCCAUCAGUUUUGCGGUGCUGGGGUUCCUCUUCAUGGCCUGCACCAUGGAGGUGGUGCUGCUCAAGCUGACCACCAGCGAUCCGGUCUUCGGACCGCCCGCCGACGAUUGGGAGGAGAACGGAGGCCCGGACGCGGAGGAGCAGAUCUACUACGAGAAUCUGGAGAACAACUACGAGCACUGGGCCCGCAGGAGGAUGCGGUUCCACCAGCGACAGCAGCAACACCAGCAGCAGCAGCAACACCUGGCCACUUAAUGGGACUUGGGUUUAAAUUUAAGUUAGUUGUAGCGGCUAUAAGCGGGUAUACUGACUGAGCUUUCUUUUUCACUUUUGUUUUUAGUUGAUUUGAAUGGCCCUUGUAAAAUAUUGAAAUCUUUCGCCAGUGUAAUGUUUUCGCUAGCUUUCCUUAAAUUAUAUUUGUUUGUUUGUAAACGAAAUUGCGAAUUUUGCCAUUUGAAUAAGUUAAGCAGCAAACCGAUUGGCGAUUGCUCAUUUCGAGCACGUACAAGACACCCAGGAAUUCCCUUCUUCUCUCUUGUGUAAGAACUGUAAGUGACUGACAUAAUCCGAAUGCAUAUCGAGACAAGGCGUCUCGUUAGAUUGUAAGAUGUGUGAUAGAGCUACAUGUAUUUUAAGCUAUCCGAUACUGCUUUAGUAAGAUGAUUAAACCUGACUAUAAAACCA